AAGCGAGAGUUGUCUUUGAGAAGAGAAGUUUAAAAAUAUGGUUUAUUGCACACACGAGUGCGAUUUAGCCAUUGACGACAGUGGAUUCUCCAAAUUACCUCCUAAUGCAAAGUGCAGAGUAAGAUUUGUAAGGGCACUGAGAAAAUUAGUUUUGCCGGAUCCGAAAGCUGCAAUUUCUAAGAGGAGUUAUCGAAACCACUCGCAAAUCUGCGCGGAGAGACGAAGGCACGCUCGCAGUAAAUUCUUUUAUAUAAUUCAUCCGUACAGUAACAUGGAAAAGUUGCGUCAAUUUAUCUUCAUAAUUAUUGGUACUCAUGGAACAAUAACCACCCCACUUUGUAUCGCGUUUCAGAAGCACUGGGACAAGAGCACUUUGAAUUUUUACAGCAGCUAUGUGGCUAUUUCCAGACCGUUAUUUUUCGCAUUAGAAUUUUUUUGGCUGGUAACGAACUUUUUUACCGGAUAUACCGAAAAAACACCGAAAAAUGUCCAAGUUAAUCAAUGGAAAAUAAUUAAAAGGUACUUAAAAACUUAUUUUAUUAUCGAUCUCCUUUAUACGAUAUGGAUUCCAUCGAUCUUGGGAAUACUACCAGAGUGGUUUCAAUAUUUGAAGUUGGCUAUCUUACUAAGAUUAUUUACUGUAGGCAAAUGUUAUAAAAGAUUCUUGUUAGAUUUUGGGUUAUCGGCUCAUCUAAAUCAGAUAAUAUGGCUGAUACUGGUCAGUCUGUCGAUGCUGCAUUUAUUGACCUGUUUUUUCUUUAUGUUUCCCUUUUUCUAUUACGACAAACUGGGAAUAAUUAGGGAAAACACGUGGAUUUACAAAGGAAACUUGGCUUUCAAAGCGAAUUUAACGCUAACUUACUUUUCCUGCUUUGUUUUGGUCAACGUCCACAUGUGGGGUUUGGGAGAACACUUCGUACGCCCGGAAAAUCCUUUGGACAUGUUUAUUUUAACGGUGAUCAUGAUAAUAGGAAGACUUUGGAGUCUUUUUGUGAUGGCCAACCUGUUGCAAAUACAAACGACCAGUUCCCUGUCGGAAAGCAAGUACGAAGAAUAUUUAACUCAACUGAAGACAUUUAUAGAUCAAAAGAAUAUUUCGUCGGAGUUUAAAAGUAGAUUAUUGAUAUAUUACCAAUACAAAUACCAGUAUCAUUAUUUUAAUGAGAAAGCAAUAUUCUUUUCGUUAUCUCAAUACCUACGUCAAGAAUUGCAAAUGUUUCUGGCUCGAGGCUUGAUAUCGAAAGUGUAUAUUUUUCGAUAUUUGCCAAAAGCUACCGUGGCUGCCAUUAUAGCUAAAAGCAAGAAAAUGGUCUACACUACUAAUAAUAUUAUUUCUACGGCGAGAGAACCAAUCGAAUCUGUUUACUUUAUAAACAGUGGCAUUGUUGCCGUUUUGAACGCUAAUGAAGUAGAAAUAACUCAUUUGACAGACGGCGAAGAAGUAGGGCUUAGCGCUGUUACCAACACUACCAAGCACAAGGUAACCUACGCUUAUACUUAUAUCGCUGUUGAAACGACCGAAUUAUACGUUAUUUCUGUAAAGGAUUUUAGGAAUUUGAUGCCUGCAAAACCGGAAAUUAUGAAGUAUUUGAGCAAUCGGGUUCAGGAGAAAUAUAGUACUUUUGCUAAAAUCGAAAUAAUAGCUACGACUCAGGCGCUUGAUUUGCUUUCCGAAUUAAGAAGUGGCAAAGUAUUGGAACGACCCACAGUUAGGACACGUUACUUUGACAAUUAAUUUGAUCUAUUGAUUAUUAACAGAUCACUUUAUUUCAAUUUAUUGCCUUUUAAAACCCCUCUAUUGAGCUCUGGUCUAGACAUAACGAAUUACCUUACAUCUUUCCUUUUUAGUCAAAAUGUAUCAAGUACCCAAAACAAUGAGUGUAGACUAAAUUAAUAGUCUAGUCAAAUUGAAGGGGACAAUAAGCGCCAAUUUCUUCAUUUUAGGGUUUUACCAACAGUUUUACAAUAAAUAAAACGUCUAACUAUACAGGGUGAGUUUCCUACGAUGUUCUCUAUGGGUAUUUCG